AAUGGAAAAAAGUCAUCUCCUCAAUCCAAGAAGUCACUGUAAUUGUGGACAAAGAUGAGAACAAAAACUGCCGAAGUAAUCAGCGAACACUCAUUAAUUCAUCAUUCAAAUCACUUCCACUUUAUGUGUCUCAUUUAUUUUAACCAACCCUCUCCUUCCCUCCGACCCUAUCUCUCCUCCUUCAUCCCACCUCUUCCAUGGAGAACCGUUUCAAAUUGCGAAUCUCUCGCUUGUUUCGUUUCUCUUUUGGUUCUUGCAACAUCCGAAGCGUACCAGAUUCCAUUGAUAAAGUCGUUUUUUCCCCUCAGAAACAGAAAGAGCUCCAAAUAAUGGAGCCAUUGCUAUUGUCUCCCAAGGCUCGACCUUUCCCCUCCAUUUGCAGGAAAACAGCUCAAACCAUCAACCACGAUAUGAUUGCACCCAGAGAGACUCACCCGAGUCGGAGAGGGUUGGCUCGAUACCCCACUUUCUUUAUGUCGACACCCAAUGUUGAGGGACUCAAGUGCCCUCCUGUUUCCCCUGUUUCGCAUUUCAAUCCAUUUUCUGACUGUAAAAAUUUCGGCUUUUAUGAGACAAAGAAAAAUUUAGUCAGAAAGAAGAAGAACAAGAACAAGAAGACUAUGACUAGAUCGUCUUCUCUAUACAGUGCGAGUCAUAAUGGUGGAUGUUGGUAUAGCAGCGAAGAUGGAACAGAGACUCUGUUUUCUUCAAGGAGCACUUUUUCUUCACAUUCAUCACAGCCUCGCCGCCGCCGGCGACAUUGUCGACGACCCAGAUACCGCCUUCCUGCGAAAGGCGAGAUGGGGUAUUUUCCGGUGGAAGGAAGGAGCAAAGUGAAAGAUAGCUUUGCGGUGGUGAAGAGGUCAAGCGAUCCGUAUAAUGAUUUUAUGACGUCGAUGGUGGAGAUGAUUGUGGAGAGACAGAUGUUUGCGGCGAAGGAUCUGGAACAGCUGUUGCAAUGUUUCCUGUCGCUUAACUCGCAUCAUCAUCACUCAACCAUCGUCGAGGUUUUUGCAGAGAUUUUGGAGGCCCUGUCUUCUUCAAGGUCUUGAAAAUGGUAUAAAAGUGUAAAACUGUCUGUUCUUUUGAAGUCCUGUUUCAUAAUUUUAGUUUCUGUUGUUGAUUAUGAAAUACUGUAGUUUAGAGUUUCUGACUAUGAACUAAUUAUGGAAUUUCAUGGUGUUCAAAAGAAAAUUUGAACUAAUUA